GCGGCGGCCGGCUGCGAGGCGAUCGUGGCGGUGGACGUGCCGCUGGGCCAGGUGAGCCUCCGGCACCCGCGGGCGGCGCCCGGCGAGCCGGCCAAGACCUUCACCUUCGACGCCGUCUACGACGCGGCCGCCCGGCAGGCCGACCUCUACGACGAGACGGUGCGGCCGCUGGUGGAGGCGGUCCUGCAGGGCUUCAACGGCACCCUCUUCGCCUACGGCCAGACGGGCACGGGCAAGACCUACACCAUGCAGGGGGUGUGGGCCGACCCGGAGAAGCGCGGCGUCCUCCCGCUGGCCUUCGAGCACAUCUUCACCCACAUCGCCCGCUCGCAGAACAACCGCCAGUACCUGGUGCGGGCCUCCUACCUGGAGAUCUACCAGGAGGAGAUCCGGGACCUGCUGGCCAAGGACCAGAGCAAGCGGAUGGAGCUGAAGGAGAGCCCCGAGGCGGGCGUCUACAUCAAGGACCUCUCCUCCUUCGUCACCAAGAACGUCAAGGAGAUCGAGCACGUCAUGAACCUGGGCAACCAGGCCCGGGCGGUGGGCAGCACCAACAUGAACGAGCAGAGCUCCCGCUCGCACGCCAUCUUCGUCAUCACCGUGGAGUGCAGCGAGACCGGCCCGGACGGCCAGGACCACAUCCGGGUGGGCAAGCUCAACCUGGUGGACCUGGCGGGCAGCGAGCGGCAGAGCAAGGCGGGGGGCCCCCCCGCCUCCGGGGAGCGCCCCAGGGAGGCCUCCAAGAUCAACCUCUCCCUCUCGGCCCUGGGCAACGUCAUCUCCGCCCUGGUGGACGGGAAGAGCACCCACGUCCCCUACCGGGACUCCAAGCUCACCCGCCUGCUGCAGGACUCCCUCGGGGGAAACGCCAAGACCAUCAUGGUGGCCACCCUGGGGCCGGCCUCCCACAGCUACGACGAGAGCCUGUCCACCCUCCGCUUCGCCAACCGGGCCAAGAACAUCAAGAACAAGCCCAGGGUCAACGAGGACCCCAAGGACACGCUCCUGCGGGAGUUCCAGGAGGAGAUCACCCGCCUGAAGGCCCAGCUGGAGAAGCAAGGGAUGCUGAGCAAGAAGAGGCGGCGGAGCAGCCGGAGGAGGAAGAAGAAUGCGGCGGCCCCCCUGGACGGGGACGCCAGCCCCCCCGAGGAGGGGGCCCAGGAGGAGGAGGCCCUCGAGGACCUGGCCGGCCUGGAGAAGAACGUGAAGGACUACCUGAAGGAGCAGAAGGAGCGGCUGGAGGAAGAGAAGGCCGCCAUCCAGGACGACCACAGCCUGGUCAGCGAGGAGAAGCAGAAGCUGCUGCAGGAGAAGCAGAAGAUGAUCGAGGAGCUGCGGAAGGAGCAGGAGGCCACCCAGCUCCUGGCCACCAAGUACAAGGCGAUGGAGAGCAAGCUCCUGAUUGGCGGGAGGAACAUCAUGGACCACACCAACGAGCAGCAGAAGAUGCUGGAGCUGAAGCGGCAGGAGAUCGCUGAGCAGAAGCGGCGCGAGCGGGAGAUGCAGCAGCAGGUGCUCCUGCGGGACGAGGAGACCAUGGAGCUGCGGGAGACGUUCACCUCCUUGCAGCAGGAAGUGGAGCUCAAGACCAAGAAGCUGAAAAAGCUCUACGCCAAGCUCCAGGCUGUGAAGGCAGAGAUCCAGGACCAGCACGACGAGUACAUCCGAGUGAGGCAAGACCUGGAGGAGGCGCAGAACGAGCAGACGCGGGAGCUGAAACUCAAGUACCUGAUCAUUGAAAACUUCAUCCCCCCAGAGGAGAAGAACAAGAUCAUGAACCGCCUUUACUUUGACUGUGAGGAGGAUCAGUGGAAAUUUCAGCCUUUGGUCCUGACGCCUGGAGGCAGCAGGAGCGGCAGCAGCAUCGCAACCGGGACCCAGAUGAAGAAGCGGCCGACCUCUGCGGUGGGCUACAAGCGGCCGAUCAGCCAGUAUGCUCGCCUAGCCAUGUCGAUGGGCUCCCAUCCUCGGUAUCGGGCCGAGAACAUCACAUUCCUGGAGCUGGACGUCUCCCCUCCGGCCGUCUUUGAGUUUGAGGUCACGCGAGACGCAAGCGAGCAGGACCCGCGAAGCCUCCACCUCGAGAGGCUCAUGCGCCUGGACAGCCUCCUGGAGCGGCCUGCGGCGUCCCGGGUGCGGAAAUCGCGGUCCUGGUGCCAGACUCCUCGUUCCUUGCCAUCGUCAACGACCCACGUCUCCCUCGCCUCCAGCUCACAGAACCCCUCCACAGCACUGGCUCACGAGUAGGCCCCACUGGUCGGUCGGUCAGUCGGUCCUUCCUCUCCCCGCCCCCCUGUCCCCUUCCUUUGCACAGGGCAGGCCGCGCUCCUUCCCCUGCUGCCGCCAACGCCAACGCCUCGGAGGACCUGGGUCCCAAGAGGGACUUCCCCUGCACUAAUGUGUCUUUGUCUUUAGCUCCUCCUCCUCCUCGUCCGUGCGUGCGUGCGUAUGUGUCUGUAGGAGGCAGCGGGUCUCUGGAGCCCGGCCUCCCCUGCCCACCCUGGAUCUGUCUUAUUUAUUUAACCUAUUUAUUUAUGGCGUAUCUUUGCGAUGCUGCUGAUCCUGCGAAGCUUUGGACCGAGAGCAGCCUCCUUAGCCGGCAGCAUCGUGCCGGACCAGCUGCUCUCCGGCCGGUGCUGAGGCAGCUGCGUGAUGUGCAGCGCUCCUGGAAGACCACGGUCGCUUUGCCUUCGCCCUGAGGAUGCUCAGGGUCCCCGAGGGAACCUUAUCGGGGGGCAAAGACCCCGCACUCGGCUCCCCAGGAUGACAAAAGUCAUGCCCUGCUUUUCCACGGAGGAUGGCGAGCGUGGGCGGGACGUGGCCUGGCCAACCCCGGCAGCAAGAGCACAGACUCGCUGCGCCACCACCACCACCACCCCCAGUGUGGGCUCCCGGUUGCACUGUGGAUGGUUGGGCGCUCCUUAUGCAAGCACAGGGGCACACAUUGGGGAGCUCAUUCUCCCCGUGUGGGUCCAGGAGGCCUCCUCCACCGACGCCCGCUUCUGCCAAGGGCCAGACUGCCCCUCUUUGUCAACGCGGCGACCACUCCGAACACCAAGAGCGGCCCGGCUGGGGGGCUUCCACGGAUCAGGACAGGACAGCCUGCCAUGUUUUCCCAGGUGGCGAGGGAGACCGCUCAGCGCUGGAAGAGCCGCCCACGGGUCUCCCGUGAGGGAAGCGAGCACCCACUUCGCCCUGCCUGGCAGAGGGAGGGGUGCCUUUCAACCGGGUGGAUUCCCCACAGGUUCCAGUUUUCUUGCAGCGGUGAUUGGAGGAAGGCAGGUUUCACGGACCCUUCGGUUGGUGGCUGCGAGGACUCCCGAGACCAAACUCCUGAGGAGGAGAAGAAGAAAGGGCCGCCUCCGGGGCUUCUUGCCGGGACAUCUGGGCCUUGUUCCUCACAUUCUCAAGGAAACGGGGGGAUCGUGAACUUGGAAGGGGCCACUGAGUCCAAACACCCCCCCACCCCACCCAGUGCAGGCAUCCAGAUCAAAGGAGGUUGGCCGGCUGGAUUUCUGGGCUUGCCGUUCAGUGGCCGUCUGCGUUUUGGCUUAAUUUCUGUCGUCUUCCCCGCCCUUCGGUUGGCCCCAUGGAGGAAACGUCCUGGAAGCCGGCACCCGUGGCCUGCGGGGGGGGGGGCAACGACCUGCAGGCUGCCUCUUGCUUAGUCUUGCCAGUCCAGCGGCAGGGUGUGGCCACAGCUUGUGCCACGGGGCUGCUUCUUGCAGUGAGAGCUGCCGGCCACGUGUGGCCUCCCUGCCUCCCGGUGAGGGGGCACAGGAACAAAUUUAAUGGCACCUGGGAUUCAGCCCCCCGUAGCCCAGGUGGCGGAGAGGGGCAAGAACCGGGUAAGGCCAGGGUGUGUGUGUGGGGGGGGUAAGAGGGAUGCCAGGUGAGGGGCCUGCGAAGUGGGAGGGGAAGAUGGUGCCCCCCCCACAAACAAGCUGUCCAGGGCUGGGGGCUGCCUCGCUUGCUGGAGGGCUCUUCCGCUCCAAGAGGCCCCGAGGGAGGUUCCUGGUGAACCGUCUGGAUUAAAAACAGGCGCCCGGUGCUGAGCGGAAGAGAGAGCACACAUCCCACAGCCUGAUCUUUUGAGGCUCGGCUACCAGGUCAUCCUGGGCCAGCUUGACCUUCUCACUGUUUAUCAUCGCGGUCUCUCCCUGCCCUUUCUGGUCUACUCCCGUGCAAGGACUCUGGGCCUCUUUCAGCUCCUCCAGGGGCAAGCGGAGGAUCAUCCACUUGCCCCUCCAGGGGGUGC